GGCUGGCGAUGCGCGAGGUCCGAGCCAUAGACGGCGGCGGCGGGCGGGCGGGCGGUCGGGCGGUCGCGAGCAGCACUGCAGCAGCCAACACCGGCAGGUGUGUUGUGCAUGACUACAUUGGUUCGGCUCGCCGGAAGAGCAGCUUCCUGGAGCAGGAGUGGCAAAUCGGCGGCGCCCUCUGGUCUCGGCUUGUCUGCACAGCAUCGGAGGGCGUUUCAGGGCGUGAGAAUGGCGAAUGCUGGCAGCAAGAGUGGGCGUGGUGCUCUGAUUGUACUGGAAGGGUUGGACCGGAGUGGCAAGUCGUCACAGUGUGCUCGGCUGCUGUCCUAUAUGGAAGGCCAGGGUUGCCGUGCUGAAGGGUGGCGGUUCCCGGAUAGGGGCACCAGUGUUGGGCAGAUGAUCUCUGCCUACCUGGCAAAUGAGUCGCAGCUUGAUGACAGAACGGUUCAUUUGCUCUUCAGUGCGAACCGCUGGGAGAAAAGAGCUUUGAUGGAAAGCAAGCUACUUGGCGGAACUACUCGCAUCGUAGACCGUUAUUCUUAUUCUGGAGUGGCUUUCUCAGCUGCUAAAGGGCUUGAUAUUGAAUGGUGCAAGGCUCCAGAUGUUGGAUUUAUAGCUCCAGAUCUUGUAAUUUAUCUGGAUGUACAACCCGAGAAAGCGGCUGAAAGAGGGGGCUAUGGUGGUGAGCGAUAUGAAAAGAUUGAAUUCCAAAAGAGAGUUGCAGAUCGUUAUCAUUCACUCCGUGAUUCGACAUGGAAGAUUGUUGAUGGUUCCCUUUCAAUGGAGACCGUGGAAGAACAGCUGAGAGAACUGGCUACGAACUGCAUUCAGGAGUCUCAAGAGAAGCCACUUACCAAUCUGGCUUGGUGAAGCGCCACCAUCCCGUGAAGAAACACAGCUCAGCAAAGGCUGAUACAUCCGUGUCUUUAUGUGAUCCACCGUUUGCUGGUAUGAGUUGAGGUAGAUUUGCUUUGCUUGGAGUGAGACUGAAUAGUUGUUUUGGUUGGACUGAGGCUGAAUAGUUGAAAUGGCAAAGUUGUUAACCCCGUAUUCCCGUUC